UUUAGAGCAAAGAAUUGGGGAGACAGACUUUUCUCCCUUGAUCUGAGACCAUUCCACACAUUGAAGGGCAGCCAGCAACAUAUGCUUUUUGUAAGAAUAAUUGAAAACAUCAACUAGACAGCAUAGAAUUCUUUUGAAAGUCUGCCAGUUAUUUGAAGCAAAUUCAGUAAAGGAACAAAAUACAGUGCUCAAUAUCUUAACCUUAAUAGUUGCCUUCUUAGGACUUGGUCUCUAAUUUGAUUUUUGGUUAUUCUGAUGCAAAGUUGACUUAAGUAGCUUUUUGUGUUUGACCAGAUUAGGUUUGCCUUCACUGAGAACUUAAGUGCUAAACAAAGACAUUCCAUCAAAGCAACCUGCUCUCACUCCGCAUUCGGUUCAGAUCACUUAGACACCUCUAACCAUUCACUGACAGGUUAUUGUCCGAAAGAGGGUGCACUUGAUUGCCAUUUUGCUUUCAGUAUGACAGCUGUUAAUGUAGCUCUCAUUCGAGAUACCAAGUGGCUGACUUUAGAAGUUUGUAGAGAAUUUCAGAGAGGAACUUGCUCUCGAGCUGAUACAGAGUGCAGGUUUGCCCAUCCGCCAAGAGUUUGCCAUGUGGAAAAUGGCCGUGUGGUGGCCUGUUUUGAUUCUCUGAAGGGUCGGUGCACUCGAGAGAACUGCAAGUACCUACCCCCACCCCAUUUAAAGUCGCAGCUGGAAAUUAAUGGUAGGAACAGUCUGAUUCCGAAACCCGCCGCAGCCAUGUUCGCCCAGCAGAUGCAGCUUAUGCUCCAGAACGCUCAGAUGUCAUCUCUUGUAAGUUUUCCUAUGAAUCCAUCACUUGGAGCUAAUCCUGCCAUGGCUUUCAAUCCUUACAUGCAUCAUCCUGGGAUGGGCCUGGCUGCUGAACUUUUUACCAAUACUCCAGUUCUGUAUUCUGGAAAUCCACCUCUUGCAUUGCCAGGAGUUCCUGCCCCAAAACCAGCUCGUACAGAUAGACUGGAGGUUUGCCGUGAAUUUCAGCGUGGAAACUGUACCCGUGGGGAGAGUGAUUGUCGCUAUGCUCACCCUACUGAUGUUUCUAUGAUUGAAGUGUCUGAUAAUACUGUGACAAUCUGCAUGGAUUACAUUAAAGGACGAUGCUCCCGGGAGAAGUGCAAGUACUUUCAUCCUCCUCCCCACCUGCAAGCCAAACUCAAGGCAGCUCAUCACCAGAUGAACCAUUCAGCGGCUGCUGCAAUGGCCCUGCCGCCUGGUGCACUUCAACUGAUACCAAAGAGGUCAGCCCUUGAUAAGGCCAAUGGUGCCGCCCCAGUCUUUAAUCCCAAUGUUUUCCACUACCAACAGGCUCUGGCUAACAUGCAGAUUCCGCAGCCGGCAUUUAUCCCUACAGUGCCCAUGAUGCACGGUGCUACACCUUCCACUGUGUCUGCAGCAGCAACACCUGCCACCAGCGUUCCCUUCGUUCCAACAACUACAGGCAAUCAGAUUCCCCAAUUAUCAAUAGAUGAACUGAAUAGCAGCAUGUUUGUUUCACAGAUGUAGAAGUUCCCAGUAGAACAUUGAAAUUCUGAGCAGCAGAGUUACGGGGUAUCAGAAUCUCUCAACAAGAAACUCCAUAUGGCCUUUCUAUAUGUAUUCUCGUAUGUCCUCUUCUACCAACACAACGAUAAGCAUGGUGCAGUCGAUAUACUAAGCACGUAUACCAGCUGAAAGUUUCAAAUUUAAAAUAAAGCAUUCAAAAGUCUUUGGAGAUAUUAAAGUGAAUAGAAAAUUGACCACUGUGUGUUACCUAGUAUGGAUUAUUAAUUGUAUAUGGGUUAGCAUAUAGAAUACAACCAUAUAGCUUUGUCGUUUAUUUGAAUUAUCAGCUCCAUAUUACGUGAAUUACCCAUCUGAUAUGAAUAUUGAAGUUAACCAGAAAAUUUUCUGAUUUUUCUUUCCAAAAAUGAUAUAUGUUAAGUGAACUUGCGCAGAGUACUGUAGUAAGCUUACUGUACAUUCUUGGUGGAUAGAUUCUGUUUCUGAAGUGUUACCUUACUGUGUUGUUUACAGGAUAGUCUAUUGGUUAAUGUAGAAUGUAACUAAUAUAUCCAGUACUAUUUUCCCCAUUGAUAUAUUGUAUUAAAUUGGGUUCUGUUUAGCUUUUCCAUGCUAGUGUUUUCUUGUUUAUACGUGGUGUUUGAUUUCAAUUAAAUGUCAUUAGUGGGGAACAGUGUGAUUGAAAAACAUGACAGGUUCAUGUUAAUAUACACUCUUCAAAACAUUCUAUAAGUUUCUUGAGGCAUACAUUUAACAGGCCUCACUUCUGAGUAUACACAAAACCUGUUCAUAGAAUUUUACAUGUAGAUAUGACCUCGCAGAGUCAAUAAUAUACUCAAUUUUUAAAAGAGAAAAAUAAUUACCUACAUAUGAUAGGAAAGUUCAAAUGUUAACCUCAAACCCUCCUCUUAAAUAACUUGAAAAUCAAGUAUUCGCAUUCUAAUAAAUAUCUGAGGAUGUAUAAAAUUA